CUACAAUGGCUGCUGGAAAGAGGCGUAAGGAAACAAUUUCCAGGCCCGCCGCGUCCAGCCCGAAAUAUGAGAAAAAAAUUAUUAGAAAUUCCGCGGGCGGUGUAAAGGCGGCGGACGGGCCGGAGGGAGGAUGUUAAAGCCCCGCGGUUGCCUCUCGGUGCUGCCUUGGCGGUAUUGGGCACCCAGAAUGCUUCAUUCUCUGAUGAUCUAGUAAAUAAGGUUGCCUUGCUAGACUUGGGAGCAAGGCCUCAGAUUGGCCAAAAUGGGAAGGUUUGGAUUCCACUCUCUUCCACGAAGAGUUAAUGGGACUGGCUAAGAUCAGAGUUUGAGGCUUUUUCCACCUGCAAUCAGUCCCUUUUUGCUUUCUUUUACGACCACAUGAAACUUGAGAAGCCACCUAAAGCUAUAUCAUUUAGUGGAGUUGGGCAGUUCCCAAGUGUCCAACAAGAAGGCCUGGUUUAGGCUGCGAUGGCCACUGUCAUUCCUGGUGAUUUGUCAGAAGUAAGAGAUACCCAGAAAGUCCCUUCAGGGAAACGUAAGCGUGGUGAAACCAAACCAAGAAAAAACUUUCCUUGCCAACUGUGUGACAAGGCCUUUAACAGUGUUGAGAAAUUAAAGGUUCACUCCUACUCUCACACAGGAGAGAGGCCCUACAAGUGCACACAACAAGACUGCACCAAGGCCUUUGUUUCUAAGUACAAAUUACAAAGGCACAUGGCUACUCACUCUCCUGAGAAAACCCACAAGUGUAAUUAUUGUGAGAAAAUGUUUCACCGGAAAGAUCACCUGAAGAAUCACCUCCAUACACAUGACCCCAACAAAGAGACAUUCAAAUGCGAAGAGUGUGGCAAGAACUACAACACCAAGCUUGGGUUUAAACGACAUUUGGCCUUGCAUGCUGCUACCAGUGGCGACCUCACCUGCAAGGUAUGUUUGCAGACUUUUGAAAGCACGGGUGUGCUCCUGGAGCACCUUAAAUCUCAUGCAGGAAAGUCAUCUGGGGGGGUGAAGGAGAAAAAGCACCAAUGUGAGCAUUGUGACCGCCGAUUCUACACCCGGAAGGAUGUCCGAAGACACAUGGUGGUGCACACAGGAAGAAAGGACUUCCUCUGUCAGUACUGUGCACAGAGAUUUGGACGAAAGGAUCACCUCACUCGACAUAUGAAGAAGAGUCACAAUCAGGAGCUUCUGAAGGUCAAAACUGAACCGGUAGAUUUCCUGGACCCAUUCACCUGCAACGUGUCCGUGCCUAUAAAAGAUGAACUCCUUCCGGUGAUGUCCUUACCUUCCAGUGAACUGUUGUCAAAGCCAUUCACAAACACUUUGCAGUUAAACCUCUACAACACUCCAUUUCAGUCCAUGCAGAGCUCAGGAUCUGCUCACCAAAUGAUCACAACUUUACCUUUGGGAAUGACGUGCCCCAUAGAUAUGGAUGCUGUUCAUCCCUCUCACCACCUUUCUUUCAAAUAUCCAUUCAGUUCUACCUCAUAUGCAAUUUCUAUUCCUGAAAAAGAACAGCCAUUAAAGGGAGAAAUAGAGAGCUACCUGAUGGAGUUACAAGGGGGUGUGCCCUCUUCAUCCCAGGAUUCUCAAGCAUCAUCAUCUAAGCUAGGGUUAGAGCCCCAGAGUGGGUCCCUAGAUGAUGGUACAGGGGACCUCUCCCUAUCAAAAAGUUCUAUUUCUAUUAGUGACCCCAUCAACACACCAGCAUUGGAUUUUUCUCAGUUGUUCAAUUUCAUACCAUUAAAUGGUCCUCCCUAUAAUCCUCUCUCAGUGGGGAGCCUUGGAAUGAGCUAUUCCCAGGAUGAAGCCCAUUCUUCUGUUUCCCAGCUCCCCCAACAAGCGCAGGACCUUCAGGAUCCUGCCAACACUGUAGGGCUUGGCUCUCUGCAUUCACUGUCAGCAGCUUUCACCAGCAGCUUGAGCACCAGCACCACCCUGCCACGCUUCCAUCAGGCAUUUCAGUAGGGUCUGUUGCAGAGGUGGCUGUGUAGCCCUGCCUUCGAACAUUUUUAUUUUAGUGCCUACUUCAAGGUAACAUAAAACUAUCUUCUUUUGUGAGUACCAGGUUUCAUUAAGCCAGUGUAAAGUAGGAACUAGCUUCUUAAAAGAGCUUCAGAACCAUUCAUGUUCAGUUAUGUCUACCUGGCUGCUUUUCCUGGUCCACUGCCAGUUGUCAUAGUCUAAGCGUUACUUCACAUAGGAAAGCCAUGAUUAAUAAUAAGGUUUUACAAGCCCCAUUUUCAGGUUUCUUUUAGAUCUUGAAAUUUUCAUAUUUGUCCAAUAGCAAUUUGACAUUUGGCUCAUUGAGUUUUACAAAUCUGCAAUAGAAUAUAAAUUUUAUGAAAUGUUUGUGAAAAACUCAAGUUUUAAAUUUUUCACUAGCCACGAAAUAGAUUCAUGAUUAAAAUUUUAAAUGUAUUUAGAAUGCAGUUUGGAGAGAUGAUAGUGAUUUCUUAGAAAAACCAUAAUUUCAGAUCAGUAUAUUUUGAAGAUGUGCUAUUGUCUGACUAAAAUAUUUGCUAAAAUGUGAGCAUGUAAGCAAAACAAAACCUAAAAACAAAUCUCUAGUAUCUAGAAAAAAAGAGACCCCCCCCCCCCGAGUAAGGUAGCAUGGCGUUCUGUGUUAAUAAUAGUUAACCCUUAAUUAAACAGGCUAUUCUGCUACAUUUCAGCCUUGCUAUCUUUCUGUUUAAUAAUACUAACAAUGUAUAUAGCAUUGAAGCCUUCAGAAUCAGAAUGUAGACAGCUUUGUUUAGUCUUUUCCACCUUUCACAGCCAGAAGGUGGCUCAAGUAUAGCAGCAGUUACAUUUUGCUUGCUUGUCCACAGUUAGUCCAGAGUCCAAAGCCAUUGUGGAACUAUAGGCAGCUAGUAUGCUAAUGGCCAUAGUGGGCUGCCUCCACCUCUCAGGGUGAUAGACUUGCCAGCGGGAAGAUACGAAGCACAUGGCUAACCUGGAAAAUGUAGCUAAGGAUCAUGUCCAAUGCUACCAGGGUUGACUCUUGAAGGACAAGUGAAAGCACACCCCUUGCAUCAGUUCUUGCUGAAUUUAGUACAUCUUUCUUAAAAGCCAAAAGCAGAAAACAACAACAACAAUCUUACCCACAUGAUAUCUUUAUUAGCCAUGUAAAUCCAUCUUUUCCUAUUGUUUGGGUGAAAAUUUAAACACAUUUAAAACCUAGUUGAUGAAUGACCACAAAGGAUUUUUUACACAACUAAAAAUAUAUACAGUAAAACCCCAUUUUUACACAUCUGGGAAACAAGAGGAAAUGUUUGUAGAGGAUAACAAAGUGAGUAAAACACGCACUAUCUCCAUGUGGAAACAGCACAGCUUUGGUGUUCAUAGAACACAGUAAUGAUGGGCUUUCCUCGCAUUAGACAGCCGCUGUAACAUGUCCAAUUACUACAUUUUCCUAAGGAUCAUUUGGGGCAUCAGCAUAAAAGACAUAUCUAUUAAGCACUUGUUAACACCUUAUUUGGGGACCCCAUUUGUUGGGGUGGGGUGGGUUUGGUUUAUAGAAGAGUAUAUAUCUCUUUUAGAAAGAAAGAAAGAAAAAUAGUGUUGAGCACUCACUAGCCCUACUUGGGCGUUUCAUCCCCUCUUAUAGGGCCAGUUAUCACUGCAGAUUGCAUUGUUUACCAGUCAUUCCUAAAAUGAGUGCAGAUUACUGAAUAUAGUGCAUUAUUUAAAAUAUUUGGGAGGAGUAUAAUUUGUGGAGAAAUGUAAAUUGUAAUAAUGUAAAUGGGGGUUUCACUCUAUAUGUUAUAUAUGCACACACGAGUACCGCACUUCAUAGAAUCAAAGUUGCUCUCUGAAGGAGCUUUGGCUCCUGAUACUUUGUCAUGCUCCUGCUUUUUUUAAUCCUAGGAGCAGUAGUUUUUAUACGUAUGUAUUUAAAUUUUAUUAUGAAAAAUACAUUUUAUU